AUGGUAGAUGCUGCCACACAGGACACCGGUGCAGAGACUAACGCACAGGAUACCGGUGCAGAGACUGACGGGGACGAGCUUGAGGGAUUUCUUGGUGGACCCAGGGACCCAUUAGUGCUUACAGAGUAUGCUGACCAUGUUGCGGGCAGCGUAUGGUCUGGACAGGAACAUCUUGAGUUGAAGUUAUGCUCCCAUGGGAGGAAGGUGCAUAACUUGGGCAGGUCUAUUCCUGCAAUUGAGGACAUGGUUGCUGGGACAGGAUUAAGUCCUUUGAUCGCGUGUUCAAUAGACAUCGGCGAUCGGGGAAUUAUAUCCUCCUUUGUUGAGAGGUGGCACCGGGAGACUUCUAGUUUCCAUCUUCCUGUGGGGGAGGUUUCGAUCACGCUGGAUGACAUCGCGUCUCUUCUCCAUCUGCCUAUCGUUGGCGCAUUCCAUGACUUCCAGCCUUUGUGCACCGACGAGACGGUGUUGCUGUUGGUUGAGUUACUGAUGGUCUCAGCAGAGGUGGCCAUGACCGAGACAGGCCAAUGUGGUGGACCAUACGUACGCUUGCAGUGGCUACGAGACGUAUACCAGCGCAGAUGUCAGACGCAGCACUGGACAGUUGCCGCUCAUGCUUAUCUUUUACAUCUUUUGGGUUGCACUCUUUUUGCUAAUAAGAGUGCAACCCAUGUUCAUGUCGCACACAUACAGGCCCUACGUAACCUCACUCUUGCUGGGCGGUAUGCAUGGAGAGCUGCUGGCCUCGUCCAUAUGUACGAUCAACUUAAUGAUGCCAGUCUCAGCACCAGCCGACAGUUUGCUGGUUAUAUCACCUUGUUACAAUGUUGGAUAUACGAGCACUUUCCUUCAGUUGCAGAAUGCAAUGCUGAUCCGGACUACGACGAGGUGUUACCACGUGCAUGUCGGUGGAUUGCGACAAAGAAGACUGUGAAGAAGCUAUCUACAGCGACGUACAGGCAGUGCAUGGAUCGUCUGAGGAUCCUGGAUGCCUGCUGGAUGCCAUAUGCGGAGCACCGACCUGUGCAGAACUUUCAUCCGAUUUCGUGCUUCUCUGGAAAGCUCUGCAAGGGGCCUGCUGUUGUCAGAUACAAACUGGAGAGGUUUAUGCACCAGUUUGGCUACAUCCAGUGCAUUCCUGCACACCCUGUCCAUUCAUGGGUGUCAUAUGAUGACGUGGACGAUACGUGGACGCACUACUCAGACCAUCUGGAGGCAGCAGGUGAUCUAUGUGUUGUGUCAGGUCAGUGUGCGCCUGACUACAUAGACUGGUUCUUCGUCAUAUCGCAUCCAUUCAUGACUGCGCCACAGACGAAUCCUCCUCGAGAUGCAUAUGCGAUGCAGCCCAGUCAUAUCCCUCAUGAGGCAGCACCGACAUCGACACAUGUGGAUCCUGAUGCAAACGAGCCCAGACAUGCAGUGGAGGCUUGUCAUGCGAUCGCGGAGGCGUUGGAGCAGCAUCUAAAUGUGCUAGGCACAUCUACACAUGAAGAGGUUAUCCAAAAAUGCCUCAGGAUUGUCAAGAGUGUCACUGAAGACCGCAAUGUGUAUGUGAGGUCUCGACGUAGGCGGUGCACGGAUCAACAAUAG